AAUAUUCUCGACAACAAAACAUCAUAACGGUAAUGGUCGUUUGUUUGCGCGUGUGAUAUGCUCUCUUCAUAGCAACGUUCGCCAAUAAGGAACUCACCUUAAUUACAUCUAAAUUCUUAUCAAGAUAAAGCUCCAUCGUCUUCAUGAACAAAUUCACUAGUUCCGAUCAUUCAUGUCCAAUGAAAUGCUACGUGCGAGGACCAAAUUAUCCUUUCGAACAUUUCGAACAGUUCUAAUAAGGUAGAUCCAGACAGUCAUACAUUUAUUAGUAAAAGUCACUGACAUUUUUAAUGUCAAUGAUAAAAGUUUCACGUUUCGAAUUUUUAAUUACAUUCUACGCGCAUUUUUCAACAGAAGCAAUAAAUAAUUUAAUAACAAGUUUUCUCGUUAUAUCUCGUGUAACGUUAUAACAAGAUAUUUGAUUUUACAAAAGAUCUUAUGUGAGGUUGGAAUUUGUGUUUAAUAACUCCAUCUACUGUCUAUGUCAGAUUUAAACUGAGAAUUUUAAAUUAACUUCAAAUUUCAAUCCUUUCUAUUCAAUUAUUUUACAAUUUUCUAUUUUUCUGAACGAUGAUUAAUAUUUUUUUUUUUUAAUUUUUAAUUUUAAAUCGGACGACAAUUUUCAAUUUUACACGGUCAAAUUCACGGUCAAUCCCGUAACAAUCCCGAUGACAUUUUUAUCUUUAUCGCCUUCUACGAUUAUUUAAAUUAUAAACAGAGCGAUAAGAUUCGAUUCUCGAUUGAAUUUUCGUUGGAUUCCCGUAGAAAUUUUGCAUCGAGUAAAGAAGGAGGAGAAAAGAAUAUACCACCAUGUACGAAGCUGGCCAAAUUCGAAUCGUGUCAAUUGGAUCCUUGUAUGCUAGAUCCAUGCAAACCGGAACCGACGGUCGUAAUCAUCGGCGCUGGGAUGGCCGGACUUUCAGCGGCGCAUCGAUUGGCUCAAUGCGGUCUUCAAAAUUUUACGAUAUUAGAGGCAACGGAUAGACCAGGAGGUCGAAUCCAUUCGUGUUGGUUGGGCGACGUGGUGGCCGAGAUGGGCGCCACCUGGAUCGAGGGAGGAUGCGUGGCGAAUCCUGUAUUCACUUUGGCUGCCCAAGAGGGUCUUCUGAAACCGCCCCUGUUCAGGCCUGAUCCGAGUCGUGGACUCUUUUGCACGAGCGACGGCCGUGCUAUCGAUCUUCCCGUCAGCAUUACGGCUUAUCAUACAUUUCGACAGAUCGAGCAGCAGGCGGCAACUCUUUUCUCCCUAGGUUGUGGCCGGACCCACGGUACGUUGCUGAAUUUCAUGGGCGUCCGAAUUCAGCAGGAGCUCCACAAUUUCCCGGAGGAGCAACGAUAUGACGCGGCCAGGGUGAUGUAUGGAAUGACGAACUGUGUGAGAUGUCGAUGCGGGGACGAUCUGUCCUUGGUCUCCGCCGAUCAGUUUGGAAGUUACAUCGAGAUACCUGGAGGAAACGUGAGAGUGCCCCUCGGAUACGUUGGAGUACUUGCACCGUUGUUACGAGAUCUGCCGAGCUGUGCUCUCAAAUAUUGUAAACCAGUAAGUUGCAUUAGAUGGGGCGCCAUAAGCGAUUCUUGUCCCCGAGCAGUGGUGAAGUGUUGCGACGGGGAAGAAUUUCCGGCCGAUUACGUGAUAAUCACCGUGUCCCUCGGUGUUUUGAAGCACCAACACGACAAGCUUUUCUGCCCUGCAUUACCAGCGGAGAAAGUGGAAGCGAUUUGCAAAUUGGGAUACGGAUACGUUAAUAAAAUAUUCUUGGAAUACGCGAGGCCGUUUUGGGUUUGGAAGGAAGGAGGUCUUAAACUGGCUUGGUCAGCUGACGAGCUUGCCGAUAGAUGCGAUUGGGUGAAAGGAAUUUCAAACGUGGAAGAAUUAUCGACUUCCCAGCACGUUUUAUGCGCGUGGAUUUGCGGCCGAGAAGCGGCCGACAUGGAAUUGUGCUCCGACGAGGAGGUGGUCGAGUCAAUAACGAGAGUUCUUCGACAAUUCACCGGUGAUCCUACACUCCCCUACCCAGCAAAUCUUCUCAGAAGCAAAUGGUGCAUGGAUCAAUAUUUUUCCGGUUCGUACAGUUAUAUGGGAUUGGAGAGUACCGUUGGUCACCAAUGUGAUUUAGCUAGUCCGUUGCCAGGUACGUGCGAACCUAUACCUCCGAUUCUUUUAUUCGCUGGAGAAGCCACAAUUCCAGGACAUUACAGCACAGUACAUGGGGCUAGAUUGAGUGGUAUUCGCGAAGCUGAGAGGAUAAUACAGUUAACGAAACGAUUCGGUGGUCCACCAAAGAAUACACCUGUCAAAAGCUAAAUUCGUCCAAAUAUUGAAAGAAAUUGGUAUGCGUCAUGGUAAAUGUGUCUGUUUCUUUUUUUUGUCUAAAAAAACAGAAUAAUUGUGUUUAAUUCGAACAACAUCUUUAACCAUUCCUUCAAAAAUUCAAAGAAACCGCAGAAACAUCGAUUACAUUACAUAUUGUGUAAAAUACGAAGUGAUAAGUUUUUUGAAAUUUUAUAGAAGAUAUAUAUAUAUCUUUUUAUACCUUUUCUACUUGAUAAUUAUAUUAUUGGCAGCUGUAACUUUAAUAUAUAUACACUUAUAUACCGCAAACUGUUCAUUUUAAGUAAAGAAAUGUCUGAUUGACAUUUUGUAGGUAUUGCAAUUUUUAUGAAAUAAAAGCUAAAUGUGUUGAUAAAACUGAAAGGUUAUUUAAUCGGUGAGAAUGAUAAGUGAAUGAUAGAAAUUCUAGAUCAAACGUUAAACGGUGUUUAAUUACAUUCAAUAUAUAUUUUAUUACGUACACAACAGUAAUGUUCCUACACGUAUCUUCAACGUUCACGUAUGUAACAAACAUUUGUUCGUUUCAAAAAGGAAAAUAAAUAUUUUAAAGGAAUUUUUUACAAAAUCGAACAGGUACGUACGUACACACACACAGUUACAUUUUGAUUUAUUACUUUCCGUUGGUCCCAUUUAAGCAAUUCACGUUAUUGCAUCGAGAAAACGUUCUUACGAUUCAGUUGAGUGAUAAGUUAUUACUAAUAACGACAAUUAAUUCGCUUAUAUUCGAUUUUAAAUGCUAAAUUAAUGCUUUUUUUCCUUCUUUUUUUUUUUA